CACCACAAUCUGUGAGCCUUGGCCUGUGUGCUUUGGAAGAGAAUGAGCCAGGAUAGCACCCGCCUUAUCCUGUCCUCUUGGACGCCGUCACAUGCACGACUACAUCAUGUGAUGCUCAUAAGGUAGGAGAGUUCUUUUCUCUUCCACACCAGCCCAACCAUGGCCAAGGUAGCUCCCUCCCUCCUCGCCGUCGGCAGCGGCGCUGCCUUCACUGCCCAGCCAUCGCCCAGGAAAGGUGCCAGUUUGUUCCGUGAUCGCGUCAUCAGCAGGCGUGCCAGGAUAUCAGCUAAGCUUGGUGGAGAUGGGGAGCUGAAGCCUCCAGGCAAGAAGAAGUUCAUCACCAGGGAUGAGGAGCCCGAACAGUACUGGCAGACUGCAGGGGAGAGGGAGGGUGAGAACCCCAUGAAGACGCCCCUGCCCUACAUCAUCAUCUUCGGCAUGUCCACCCCCUUCGUCAUCCUCGUCAUCGCCUUUGCCAAUGGCUGGAUCAAGGUCCCUGUACGAUGAAACCAUGUCACCGCGAAGCUUCCAGCAAAACACCUUGGCACUUCCUGCAUCCUCUCCAGCGAGAGCACUGCGAGUUUUUACCUUCAUAGAGAUGAAGAGUCAAUGCUUUGUAAUCUUCCGUUCUUCACACAAGACGAGGUUUGUACUACCAGCAGUUGACAGGAACAGUCACAUGUCCAACUAUGUCUUGGUUUCCGGUACACCUCAACUGAUUCUGCUAUUGAAAUGUCAUAUACUGUAUCGAAAUUAAACUAAUGUUCAGCCCACGCCGUGUUCCAGGUUAAUGAAUUGCCCAGAAGAGGUGUAAAAGGAUGACUAUUGAUCAAGAUGCAGCUGGGGUAGCAGCAGCUACAAAAAAAAAAAGUAACCAAGAUAAACACACAAGAACGGAAAAUACAUCCGUUAUCGCCAUAAAUUAACUGGGUUAAUUAAUGGGCCGCGAGCAAGUUGGACUUAAAGCAGGAAUUAAAGAAGGUUUGUGAAUCGGCUCCUGCGUGAGUGUUUGGGCCAUGUGGGCCAUGUAUCUUUAGAUUUAGUUCAGUUUGUAUUAGGUAUAGAGUCCGAUUUGGACACGUUGGUUUAGAUUGUUUUUCAAAUCUCCGGACUAUAAAUAUGUACCAUAUGAUAUUUGUAAAGGAGACGUCAUCACGUUUGCAAACAA